UAUCCAUAAUACCGGUGAACGGCCAAGAAAUAUUAAAAAACCUCUCCAAUGGAAAUAUAGUACGUGCCUGCUACAUCGAUUUAAUUAAAAAAAAUUAGAUAAAAUCUUUUAAAGAUAAAAAUUUUAAAAAAUACGAAAUAAUAACAUCGUUUUCAUGCUUCCCUUUUAAAACCUAUCCUGUUUCACCUAAUUUGCUGUGUUUUACUACAUAGCAACAGUAAAGAGGGCGUUUUAACGACAAAUUAUUUAGAUACGAUUUUCAAUUGGCGCAACAUUAAUAAGGAGAGGAAAGAGAACUUCGAGAUUUAAGUACCCUAAACAAAUUUCUAGCCGCUCGUGUAUGGUACGUGACCCUUGUGAAUUAUUCAUGUUACAUUGUAACAAAAUUUGUGUUCUUAGAACUUUUUUAAAUUAUUCAGCAAAAAAAAUUAUUCAGCAAAAAACAGUAAAAUUUCAGUUCAUCAAUAAAAAAUUAUGGCUUUAUUCAAUGAAAAUGGAUCCUCCAAUUAACUAUGACAUGCGACUUUGUAGGAAGCAUUUUACAUUAACCAAUGAAAAAGUAAAUUUCGGGACAAUAAACUGAGAAGACUGGUUUAACAGUGGAAGGAGAAGGAUAAUCUCUCGCACGAUCAAGAAAUAUUAGUGAAAUCUGCAUUAACUGUUUGAAGCAAACUUUCGCCGGAAAGAUGAGCCAAAGACGCAAAACGAAUCUCAUUACACAAACGCAGCAAGCUAAUAUUGCGCAUAACAUAGAAGUUGCAAUCAAAGACAACGACUUGAAGAAACUUAAGUUAAUUUUUGAAGACUACCCGAACUUGCUGAGUUAUGAAAGUCAUAACGAGAAAUCUUGGUUGCAUCUAGCAGCAAGAGAAGGUACUGUGGAAAUUGUUACAUAUCUUGUUCAAAAAGGAAUCGAUGUUAACGUUUUGGAUAAAACUAAGCAUAUACCCUUGCAUUAUGCAUGCAUGAACGAUAAGUAUGAAAACAUACUUAUCCUUUGUAAGUUUGGCUCCAAAGUUAAUCAUAAGCAAUCAGGAGGAAACACGCCUCUCCACCACGCUGCUUUUUAUAACAGCGUGAACACAAUCCGGGCAUUGCUUCAAGAAGGAGCUGAUAUAAAUGCUCGUAACACAUACGGAGAGACUGCUCUUCAUUGGGCUGCUCAUCAGAAUAAGUCAGAAGCCGCCAAUCUUUUGGUUCUCAUGGGCGUUGAUAAGUCAAUUCAGUCAAUGAAUAGUUUUGAAACAGCAUUUGGGUAUGCAAAAAGAAAUGGCUUUGACGAAGUAGCAGACGUGAUUAAAAAAAAAUGAAAAGGAUGUCGGAAAAGAAAUCAAGGUGUUAAUGA